AGGUCAUCCCGCCAGAGGCCUGGACCCCCCCCGCACCCCCGCCUGAGCGCCCACGGGCCCAAGCCGCAUCUGCGAUGCGCCCAGGCGGCGCCCCCGCCGCGGAGGGAGGCCCCGGCCAGGCCUUCCGGGAGUUCCUGGCCGCCGAGUUGGCCGAGUUGCAGGAGAGGUUGGUGGCAGGUUUCGAGCGGGGCUGCUCGGAGGAGUGGGCGCCCUCGCAGGGGCAGGCGUUGUCCCAGCGGCGCUCCAGCGGCGCCGCCGCAGGCGCAGUCUCGUGGGCCCCGGCGGCGGGCGGUGCGGCGGGCGCGAAGAGCGAGGGGAGGGUCCCGGCGCGGCGGAGGCGGUCCAGUGGGGGCCCGGGCGGGCCUUCCUCGUCGUGGGCCUUGUCGUCGCUGCCCGCUCCCGAGGACGGGCCAGAGACCAUGCAGUCUCUCCCCGCGUUCGAAGACGGUCUGGACGACUCUUGGAACGGCGUGUCCCACGAGCCCUCUGACGCAUCCUCCGCGUUCGGGUUCGGCAGUCCGCCGCUGCCGCCCCAGGCUGCCAACUGGGCCAGAGUGGUCGACGGGCUGCUGACAGAGCGCUUUCCAGCCGAGAUGGGCAUCGCGCAGCUCAUGGGCAGUGUGGUGACGCGGACUACCAGGCCGCGUUUACCUGGGUGUGUUGUGGUGGAGCAGAGUUUCAAACCGCAUUCGAUCUGGAGGCCUAUGAAGUUGCGCGGGGCGGAGAAUGCAACUUCUGGUGAAUCCAACAGGUUCGCGGCCUCGCGAGUCAGUGAACACGACCACGAGGGCGAUACCCGCCUUGCGACUCAGCUUGCGAGUCAGCAAAGUGCUAUUGGAUACGAGUUCGAACAGAGAGGAGCCAUAAGCGACUGGAUUGUCAUACCUCCUGAUAGCGUCGGACGAGUCGCAUGGUGCCUCCUUGGUGCAACGCUUCUCCUGUAUGAUCUGGUCGUAAUCCCGUUGGACACAGUUGGAUUGUGGACCUACGAGUCUUUUGCGUUCACGAUGCUAAACAUUUGCUUCUGGGCCUUGGAUAUUCCUUUGCAAAGCGUGACAGGCUUCCACCUUGCAACCCAUACUGAGAUGAGGAUUGCGAAGACAAUGUUGAAGUAUGCGCGCACUUGGCUCCCGAUGGACGUUGCCGUGCUCUGCCUUGAUAUCGCAUUCGCGAUAUAUAGUUUCACUUCAUCUGCGCGUUCUGUGCGGCUUUUGAGACUGUUUCGUCUUGUCCGCCUCGUCCGUCUUCAUAAAUUUGUUUUGGUUUUCAGAGGUCUGAUGUCGAAGAACACAUCCGAGCCUGUUGAGUGCUUGUUGAAGGUCCUCCAGACCGUCUUCACGCUGCUCUGCCUUUGCCACUACACUGCAUGUGCGUGGUACGCGGAAUUGGGUGGAGGGGGUUGGCCUCGAGUUGGGGUGGCAUGUCCACUGCUACGUUGUCGCCUUCCACUGGAGCAUCCCUUCACCCCUGCCACCAACAACGUGGUCCCUGUCAAUGCCGUAGAGCGCGCCUUCGCAAUCCUUGUGGUGCUAACAGGCUUCGUGUCGUUCUCUUGGUUUAUCAGCAGCAUGUUCAGUACUCUGAACCAGCUGAAGUCUCGCAAUAAGUCGCGGGUACGAGAGCGGCAGGCUCUGAUGCAGUUCUUUAGGAUCAAGGGCAUCCCGGCCGCGCUGGGGCAGAGAGUCUUGUGGCUCUUCGAGGCGGACGUCGACAUCAAAGAUGAUUGCCUCGUCGAAGCAGACCUCCCAAUAUUGUUGCAGCUGCCCACAUCUAUCCGUAUCCGUCUGCGCAGAGAGUAUUGCAUGCCCCUUCUGCUGAAGAACCAGCUUUUGCGACGUGUGCACCACAUCGGCCCUCGGUGCUUUAUCCAGGUCUGCUACAACGCAAUGAGCGACAGCCGCUACAUGAGCCAGCAGGAGAUCUUUCUGGACGGCGUAGACAGCAGCGCGGCCUACGUGGUGACAUCAGGGACCGUCAAGUACGUCCAGGGGGGGAGCAGCACCGCCCUGACGCUCGGGGCCUGGGUGUCCGAUGCGUGCCUGUGGGUGGCAUGGAAGCACCUGGGCUCGCUGGUGGCCAGCACCUGCUCGACGUUGGUGGAGUUGGACGCCAAGAAGUUUCGGAGGACCGUCCAGCGGUCUGGUGGCCACUUGCACCGCUGUCUUUGUUGCGUCGCCGUGCUGUAUGCUCACGAGCUCGAGAAGCUCGCGGAGAACCAUAGGGUGACCGACGACCUCGGCCUCGAAAUGGAGCACGUCGAGGGCAUCCUCUGGAGGACGCUCAAGUUCUGCGAACUCGGAGCUGAAGGGUCCACCACCCCCGAGGAUGCCGCAGUACGACGCCCGCGGGGUAAUAAGCGACUGCUGACGGGGAGUAGUGAGCUCAAGGACUUAUUCCAGGCCAGCAUCCUGACCCGCAGUCUUCCCACGGGCGCGUUCUCGCCGCGGUGACCGCCCUGGCCUGUGGGUUGCACCCCAGCUGCUUUUCAAAAGUAAACAGAGUUAGUACUCGGUAGGGGUGGUAUGGGGAUCUCUUAGCGUGGGAACUCGGGAACUACAGUUUCGCACGAUUUCGCAAAGGCUUUAGUGCUCGAUGUUGUGAGGCGCUUGAGCUGUUGUUCCUCGCUGCUUCUUCGCUGUUCUGCCGCUUUACCGAAGACGCCUGCGGCGAAUCAUCGCCGUCCCUUGCCUUUUAGGAUUCGCCUUUGUGGCCAAACGUUUGGGCCACGUUUGGCCACGCUAUUGGACCAUGCGUUCCCGCAGCCGUUGUGGAAGCCCG